AUGGGAAGCAAGUAUUCAAGGAAGAAAAGUGACAUGAAGGAGGUGCAAUGUUACAACUAUCAAAGAUUUGAUCAUUAUGCUCGAGAUUGUAAAAGAAAGAAGGAAUCCAGAGCAAGAGAUGACGACGAAGUGCAAUAUGCACAUGCUAGAGAAAACGACUCUGAUGAUAUGCUACUCAUGGCAAAUACUCAAACGAAUAAUGAACAAAUCAACAUGUGGUAUCUAAAUUUAGGAUGCAACAACCACAUUACUGAAAAUAAAAAGUGGUUUACUAAGUUAGGCGAAUCAGUCAAGAAGGUGAUCAAGUUUGCAGAUGGUAGGCAUGUUACAUCAGAAGGAAUAGGAAACAUAAUUGUGAUGAGAAUGAAUGGCCGAAGAGCCAUCAUUACUGACAUAUUAUAUCUAACUUCAAUGACAAGUAACUUGAUAAGAAUAUGUCAAUUACUUCCCAAAGGGUAUAACAUGAAUUUGGAAGAAAAUCUGAUGAAGGUGUAUAAUGGUGAAGGAAGGAUGAUCCUGAAGGCACCAUUGGCAAAUAACAAAACCUUCAAGAUUAAGAUUAACAUGGUUGAUCCUCAGUGUCUUAUUUCGAAUAAUGUCGAAGAUAAGAACUGGCUAUGGCAUCACAUGUAUGAACACCUAAACUUUAGAGGUCUAGACACACUCAACCAGAAGAAGAUGGUGUAUGACUUACCUCAAGUGAAAGAACCAAGUCAAUUAUGUGAGGAAUUCUGCAAAGCAAAGCAGGCUAGGAAGGAAUUCAAACACGACUUGUCCAUAAAGUCGAGAGAAAACUGGAGCUUGUUCACUCUGACGUGUGUGGACCUUUUGAAGUAA